CGUACUUCUCCAGCAGAUAAUCCGUGUUGGCGUUUUUGGUGAUCUAAAAUGUCUCUAAAUUCAGCAACGCAGUGAUGCUUAGGUGAAACUCAACUAGCGUUUUCUUCAACCUUACACCUGCUGCAAGGUGAGAUGGAUCCGUCCAGGAGGAGGAGCGAGAGCGACUGGCAGGCGCUGCUCAGCGAGUUCCUGGUUUGCAAGCGGAAGUUGGAGAGCAAGACAGAAGCUCUUCUGAUCCUGUCUAAAGAGCUGGACACCUGCCAGCAGGAGAGGGAUCAGUACAAGCUGAUGGCCAACCAGCUCCGCGAGCGACAUCAAGCGCUCAAGAAGAAGUACAGAGAACUCAUUGAUGGAGAUCCGUCUCUGCCUCCUGAGAAGAGGAAUCAAGUGAAUUUAGCCCAGCUGCUGAGGGACUCGAGAGAAAAGAGCAGUCGGCUUUCUGAGGAGGUCAAGGAGCUGAAGCAGCGGCUGCUCGAAGCUCAAGGUGAUAACAAGCUCCUACGAAUGACCAUCACCAAACAGAGGCUGGGAGAUGAGGAGGUCGGGGUUCGACACUUUCCUGCACACGAGAGAGAAGAUCUGGUCAAACAGCUGGAACAAGCUGGAGAACAAAACGAGGUGCUGGAACACAGCGUGAAGUCGCUCACGGACGAGCUGCAGGACGUUCGAGCAGAGCGGGACGUCUUUCAGCAGAAGGCUCACCGGCUCAACGUGGAAAUGAAUCACAUCGUGGGCAACGAAGAGAUUCGGAUUCUAGACAUAGAUGCACUCUGUGUGGAAAACAGGUACUUGCAUGAGCGGCUCAAUCAGCUUCAAGAUGAGGUCAGCCUGCUGAAAACCAACCUGGUGAAGUACAAGAGUGCUUUGGAGAGCAGGAAGAACUCUAAAAUCAGCGGCAAACCCAACAGCGGGGCUCUGACUGGGGUGCUUUCUGCUAAACAAGUGAAGGAGCUGCUCCUGUCUGAGGAAAACGGCUGCAGCUUACCGGUGACUCCUCAGUCCAUCUCCGACCUCAAGUCUCUGGCCACCGCUCUGCUGGAAACCAUCCACGAGAAGAACAUGGUGAUCCAACACCAACGGCAAAUCAACAAGAUUCUCGGUAUUCGAGUGGCAGAGCUGGAGACCAAACUGAAAACACUGGAGAUGUCAGGGUUGUGGAGACUCCCAGAAGGCAGAGAUCUCCUGGUCCCUCGCUCUCAACAAGCUGAAGCUGCUGAUUCUCCUGGACAGGAAGGUCUGGAUGGUUCUGAACCGUCCACACAGCAGAGCACUCCUGAAGUUCUGAACCAAGUUGCCGAAACACCAGCAGUUCCUGAUUGUCAAGAAGAUGCUCCGACAUCGUCCGACGUGGAAGCGUCGCACCAGAUCGCUUCACAGCAGCCCAGCGAGGAUGAGCCGAGCAGCCCUCCGAGUGGAAGGCCAGGAAGCAGAGACGGUCAUGAAAGUGAUCGACCGGAGAGCGUAACGGCGUGUGCUGCUUUACCAACAGAAGACGGGCGUCUGAGUGACUCUGCUCCUGAAGUGUUGGAUCCGAGCGGAGCCCGGUCACCGUCCGAUACCUGCCGACCCGGAGACGACUCUGAGCCAAUGAGAGGAGGACAAGAAGAGCCAAAAGAAUUUCCCGGGGAGGUGGAAGCUGUUGAGACUGUUGAGUCUUGUCUAGCGGAUGAUAAUAUUGUCUCCACAACAGUUUCUGAAGAGCAGGAGGACAUGGAGUGAAAUCAGGACACGCAAAGUCUUCCAGAAACUAGUCGCUUGUCUCAUAACAUUUAAGAAAAAAAAGACGCAACUGUGACCAAACAAAAGGGAACUUAUUCUUAUGUGCUCUCUGAUAUUUUCAUGUACUUCCACCUUUAAAACGUCACCUAAACAAAGGACUUGUGCGACUGACACAACUGCUGCCUCCAGCGUCCUCGUGCAGCAGCUUCAUUGUAGCACAGGCUUAUU